GGCGGGGCGCGGCUGCCAGAUGUCGGGGCGGCGGCGGUGGGAGCUACGGAGAGCGAGGAGCCGCGCAGCCAGGCGGAGGCUGAGGGCGCCGCUGGCCGGCUCGCCCAGCCCUCUCUGCGCGGCUCCACCGGGGUUCCAAGAGGAGCCUGUAGGCUCGGUGGGGGCCCCGGCACGGACAUGCACAGCGCUCGGCUUGACAGCUUCCUCAGCCAGCUCCGCUGGGAACUGUUGUGUGGUCGGGACACAGGCUCACCCCCGAUGCCUGGUCCCCUGCAGCCAACCCCCCAAACUGGCCCAGAUGUGCAGCCCAGCCACCAGCUUAGGGCCUCAGGUGCCUUGGAAGAGGACUCAGUCUGCUGUGUGGAGGAGGAGGAAGAGGAGGAGGAAGCAGCAGUGGUGACAGAAGACAGGGGUGCAGCCUUGGGAGGCCCCAGGGAACAUGCCCUGGACUGGGACUCUGGCUUCUCGGAGGUGUCAGGCAGCACAUGGCGAGAGGAAGAACUACCUGUUCCCCAGCGCCCAGCACCCUCAGCACAGCCCCUUCGUAGGCAGCGCCUCUCAGUCAGUGGCCUCCCCAUGCCCAGCAGGGCCCCUGUAGCCAGUGUACCACCUGUCCACCGUCCACGGCCCAAGUCCACCCCAGACGCCUGCCUGGAGCACUGGCAGGGACUGGAAGCAGAGGACUGGACAGCAGCCCUACUGAAUAGGGGUCGCAGUCGCCAGCCCCUGGUACUGGGGGACAAUUGCUUUGCUGACUUGGUGCACAACUGGAUGGAGCUGCCUGAGACAGGGAGUGAAGGAGGUGACGGAAGUGGGCACCGUGCCCAUGCUCGGCCCCCUCAGUUCCUGCUUGGCCUCUCCGAGCAGCUUCGGCGCCGGCUGGCCAGGGCUCGGCGGACAGCUAUGGCAGGAAAGCGGCUGUCAUGCCCACCUCGCCCAGAACCUGAACUGCCUGCGGAUGUCUCACGCUUCGCAGCCCUCAUGAGCUGCCGUAGUCGCCAGCCCAUCAUCUGCAAUGAUGUCAGCUACCUCUGACCCUGCCCUCCAGCCUGGGACAAUAAAAGCCUUUUUUCUAGAC